AUGUCUCCAGGUGCUUGGGCUCUGAGGCAUGCAGACACUCAGCAACUUGGAGAUGAGGGGGCUGAUGUGGCUUCGCCUACGAAAGCUUGGGCCUCGACCCUUUCGGACCCUGUCUCGCCUCGGCUUGUGACUUCGCCUACGAAAGCUUUGGCCUGCACCCUUCCGAACCCCGUCUCGCCUCGGCUUGUGGCUUCGCCUAUGAAAGCUUUGUCCUUGACCCUGCCAGAGUCUGCACCUACGAGUGUUCCCGAGGAUGAUGUUCCCCCGGCUCAGUUGUCUGUGCAAUCGCCUCAGACUCCCACGCAUCGAUCGCCUUCCCAAUCGGAGCUUGAGACUGCUGGGACUGUGCCGAGUAGCCAGGACUGGUGCUUGCUCGAUGAAGAACAUCCGGAUGGUCGUGCCGUGGCGCCUGUUCCGGGUGAUCGUGCCGUGGUGCCUGUUCGUACGUCCAAGCCGGGCAAGGGGAAGGGUGGACAGUGUGCUGAGGGUAAAGGCAAGGGUUCCGGUGAUGAUGUUGCUGAGCCUCCUGCUGGUCGGCCCUUGAACAUGACGUGGGCACAAGGCCCUGAUGAAGGCCCCAUGCUGGCUGUGGAGAUGAGCUUUGAUGAAGAAGAGUAUGAAAUGACGUUUGAGGCUCCGGAGCCUCCCCAGGAGUUGCCAAGCAUCACUGAGGGUGCGAUUUCCAAACGUAUGUGGCGAAUGUUCCGCCCCAGACAAGACGGCAGCUACCUGGUGCCCGAGUCCAUGGUGAAAGAGUAUCAGAACAAGGUCACAAGGCCGACCGUCGUUCGUGCUUUUGAACGCUGUGGCUAUCAUGUGGAAAAGUUUCUGAAGAAGGUCAACAAGACCCUCGAGGACGUGGAGGUGGUUGAAAUCGAGGAGGACUGGGAGUUCAUGACCGAGGAUGAGAUGAGGGAAGCUAAUUGGCCGGA